AUGUCAACUAGCAAGAAACCCCGAAUUUCAUAUUCUCAGCUUCCGCAGGAAACGAAAGACAGUAGGAACAAGCGGCGGAGAGAAUUACGGCUGCAGAAAAAAACAGAAAAAUUAGAGACAUUACCUAGGAAACAAACACACGAAAUUCCGACUCAGGCAUUUGUUUUACGUGAUGUUAAGUCUUGUGACUUUUGCCAAGCUAAACGGUUCCCCUCGGAACCAGAUGGCUUUUGCUGUUCUAAAGGGCAAGUAUGCCUUUAUUCGGUUAAUGUUCCAGAUGAUCUAUUGGAGCUUUACUGUGGUCAAUCAGCACAUUCACAGCAUUUCCGUCAAUACAUUAGACCAUUCAACAAUUGUUUUGCCUUCACGUCAUUUGGUGUGACCCUCGAUCCCCGAUUCACAAAACCAAAUAACGGUAUAUACACUUUUCGUGCCCAAGGACAGGCAUAUCAUGCCAUUAGAAGUCUUUAUCCACCCCCUGAUAAAAAUGACAAGAAUAAGUAUGCCGCUCCAUCGUUCCUGCAGUUGUACUUUUUCGACACUGAUAAUGAAGUUUCGAAUAGAAACAAAGGGGCAAGUGAACUAGAUCCAGAUGUUAUUUCACGAGUUAUAGAUAUCUUGGCUCCCAAUCUCUAUUCUAUUUUCUUUAGAAGCUUAAGACAAAUACCCGAAGUCGAGUUAGCUACUCAUCAAAUCAAAAUUAGAGCUGAUCCAAAAUUAGAUACCGGGACUCUAGGGGGGCCGACGGCAUCGCAAGUGGCAGCAAUUUGGGCUGGUGAAACUGAAGGCAAUUCGAAUUUGAGAGAGCGUGAUAUAUUGGUGUAUCAGCAUAAUGGUAUUAGCCAAAGAAUUAGGUACUACUUUGGUUGUUAUGAUCCUUUGCAAUACCCACUUUUGUUUCCAUUCGGAGAACCAGGAUGGCAUCAAGGCAUUAAAAAGAUCCGGCCAGCAAAUUCUGAUAAGUCCUACAUUGGACAGCGUGCUGUUCUUCCUCAAUAUUCUGUAACAGGCGAUGAAUUGUUAGCGGCCGAGUCAUUAGUAUAUGAAGAAAAUUGUUCGACGGGAGGAAUGGUGUCGGCUAGAGAAUUCUAUGCAUACCAAUUCCAGAUUAGGCCAACAACUAAUUCAAUAAUCCUUGAGUCAGGUCGUCUUCUGCAACAAUUUUGUGUAGACAUGUAUAUAAAAAUCGAAACAUCCCGAUUAGACUACUUUAGAACUCAUCAAAAUGAAAUAAGGGCUGAUUUGUAUCGAGGCAUUGUGGAUAGUAUAGCACGAGGAGAAUCACGAGGUUCCAAAGUCGGGAAACAUAUUGUGUUACCUGGUUCAUUUAUAGGAGGCCCCAGAGAUAUGCGCAAAAGAUACUUAGACGCAAUGAAUUUAGUAGAGAGAUAUGGAAAACCUGAUAUAUUCUUAACCAUGACAUGCAAUCCCAAAUGGUGUGAAAUUUUAGCAGAAUUGAAACCACAUGAGGACACACAAAAUAGACCAGAUCUUGUGACGCGAGUAUUUAAGAGCAAAUUAGAAGAACUAAAAAACGAAGUCAUCAAGAAACAACUAUUUGGCCCAGUUGCAGCAUACACAUAUGUCAUCGAAUUUCAAAAACGAGGUUUGCCUCAUGUUCAUCUAUUGUUAGUUCUGAAAAAAGGUUUCAAGCUUAAUUCCGCUGCUAAAUUUGAUGAAUUUAUCUCUGCUGAAAUACCUGAUAAGGACAAAUAUCCACAUCUAUAUUCAAUGGUAAUUAGGCAUAUGAUGCACGGACCAUGUGGAGAAUUAAAUGGAGCAAAUGUCUGUAUGAAAAAAGGCAAAUGUAAAAAUCAUUACCCGCGACAAUUUGUAGAGGAAACAUUACUAGCAACAGAUGGGUAUCCGAUUUAUAGGCGAAGAGCAGACAACAAACAGGUCAAGGUUCGUGGUCAUAUGCUAGAUAAUAAGUGGGUAGUUCCUUACAAUCCAUAUCUAUUAGCCAAAUUUGAUUGCCACAUAAAUGUUGAAAUCUGUUCAACAAUCAAAGCUGUUAAAUAUUUAUACAAGUAUAUGUACAAGGGACAUGACAAGGUAGUCUUUCGUAUUUUAGCUCAAAAAAAUAACGAAGACCAUGAUGAGAUCUCUGAAUUCCAAUCAGCUAGAUGGGUAUCCCCCCGGGAGGCAAUGUGGAGGAUUUUUAGAUUUGGUUUACAUGAAAUGCAUCCAGCUGUUAUAAGCUUGCAUUUGCAUUUGGAAAACUGCCAGCCUAUUAGCUUUAAGAAUACAACUAAGCUUGAUAACAUAACUGAUUCUGAUUUUUAUUCGAGAACAAUGUUAACAGAAUUCUUUUACAUGAACACUCAUGACAAAUAUGCCAAAUCAAAGAAAUUGUUGUACAAGGACUUCCCAUCUGAGUUUGUGUGGGUGGUGCGAUCUAAAACAUGGGAAAAACGAAAACAAGGAAAUGUAGUGGGCGGGAUUAUAACAGCAAAUCCAACCGAAGGAGAGCGCUAUUACCUAAGAUUAUUAUUGAAUCACGUUAGGUGUCCUACAUCAUUCUUGCAUCUACGCACUGUUGACGGCCACGUUUACGAUACAUAUGAAGAAGCGGCACUUGCUUUUGGUCUAUUAAAAGAUGAUAAAGGUAAUGAAAAAUGUUUGGAAGAAGCAUGUAUGUAUCAAAUGCCUAAAUCCUUGAGACAGCUGUUCUGUACGUUACUUGUGCAUUGUGCUUGUUUAAAUCCAAAAGAAUUAUUUUGUAAAUUUGAAGAUCAAUUAACCGAAGAUUUCAGUAGGCAAAAUAUGUCGAAAGCUGAAGCUAGACAAUGUCUUUUAGGUGCUUUGAAUUCUAUGUUAGAAUCAAUGGGUAAGAAAUUAGAGCACUAUGGAUUGCAUGAUUUUAUGACAGAUAGAAUGGAAACAUAUCGUGUUUGUAAAGAAAUUGAAGAUGAAAAAAACCUUGACAUAUCUGAAAAAGACUUGUUGGGCGUUUCUAAAUUGAAUAGUGAACAAUUAGCUGCAUUUAAUGCAAUACUACAGGCAAUAAGAGAGAAGAAAGCUGUAUCCUUUUUUUUAGAUGGCCCCGGGGGUACGGGGAAGACAUUUCUGUAUCGUACGAUAUUGGCAACUGUUAGAUCCACAAAUAAAAUUGCUUUGGCAACAGCUACUUCAGGUGUGGCUGCGUCAAUUUUACCGAAUGGGCGAACUGCGCACUCUAGAUUCAAAAUUCCCUUAGAUGGAGAUGGUAACUUAUGUUGCAAUGUUGGGAAACAGACAGGAUUGGCAAGUUUGCUAAAUGCUGCAGUUCUUAUUAUAUGGGAUGAAGCAUCAAUGGCCAAAAGACAAAGUAUAUAG